AUGCCAUCCCCACUGGGCCCCCCGAGUCUGCCCUCUGUGGACCCCGAGGCCACCCUGGAGGAUCCUGAGGCAGCACGCCAGCGCUUCCGGGGCUUCUGCUACCAGGAGGUGGCCGGUCCCCGUGAGGCCUUGGCCCAGCUCCGGGAGCUCUGCCACCAGUGGCUGCGGCCCGAGGUGCACUCCAAGGAGCAGAUGCUGGAGCUGCUGGUGCUGGAGCAGUUCCUGGGCGCGCUGCCCCCCGAGAUCCAGGCUUGGGUGCGGGGACAGCAGCCAGGCAGCCCUGAGGAGGCCACUGUCCUGGUCGAGGGCCUGCAGCAUGACCCUGGGCAGCUGCUGGGCUGGAUUACAGCACAUGUCCUGAAGCAAGCGGUGCUCCCAGCCACACAGAACAAAGAGGAGUCUGUGGGGAGCUCCCACCCUUCAGGGACAGUGGAGCCCCUAAAGGCAGCCUCUUGGGAGGGGUCCAAGGAAGCCCAGUUGGAGGGGAACGCCCAGCUCAGCUGCAGCGUGAAGGAGGAGCCUGAUGGCUACGGGCAGGAGACAGCACCGUCCAGCCCCCCACAUCCAGCCCGGUCCCAUGAGGGGCCCGCUGAACAACAGGAGCCGACCUCCGUGCCCUUUCAGCCACCCAGGAUUCAGGAGGAGUGGGGGCUCCUGGACCGGUCACAGAAGGAGGUGUACUGGGACGCGAUGCUGCAGAAGUAUGGCACGGUGGUCUCCCUGGGUGAGGACCCCUCUCCUCCGGGUCCUUGCGCGCACCUUGCCUCCCGGCGCUUCCCAAUCCGCACCCUGGCCACCCGCCGGGGCCCCCACCCCUGUCCCUCAUUUGUGCGAACCCCUCACGCCCCCGUGCCAGGGCUGGCGCCUGAUGGGCCCCCGACCCCAGCAGGGUUGCCGUGCCCCCUGCCGGAGGCGCGCACUGAGCCGGAGCCGGAGGCGCUGAGCACCGGAUCCGAGGGAGCGAGAAGCCUCCCCCCGGGAGGAGAGAGCGAGAGCUCGCGAGAGGGCCGGCCCGGCUGCCCGGAGGCCCCGCCCCCCGCGCGGAGCAAGCCCUACACGUGCGCGCAGUGCGGCCGCACCUUCGACUGGAAGUCGGUGUUCGUCAUCCACCGCCGCGCGCACGCGGGCGGCCCGGGCGCCGAGAAGCAGCCGGUGGGGCCGCCCCGGCGCGCGCUCCCGGGCCCGCGCAGCUACGCCUGCGAGGAGUGCGGCCGCAGCUUCAGCUGGAAGUCGCAGCUGGUCAUCCACCGCAAGGGCCACGCCGGCCAGCGGCGCCACUUCUGCGGCGACUGCGGCCACAGCUUCGACUGGAAGUCCCAGCUGGUCAUCCACCGCAAGAGCCACCGGCCCGAGGCCCCGUGA